UUUACUACUGUUGCGGUAUGUUUUCGGAACCAUAUGGUAUAUUUCAACUGUCAAGUGAAGGUCACUCAUCAGUGAGCAAAACUAAAUAAAAAUAUCCCUUUGGAAAAUAUGGCUAAGUAGUAUAAACCAUUAACACAAGGCUUACCAAAACUACAAACAUUUCUCUGCUGGAAUUGCUAUGCAAAUUAAACCUAUCGGAAUAGCUCGAUACGUGUUUGGUUUUUAGUUUCUCCAGCAAACAAUAGUCGUUUACCAACACCUGCAGUCCGCAGUUUCUUGUUGUUAAUAGUCGGAAACCACAGCUCCAGACAAGUGCGAAAAUCGAACUAGUAGCAGUGCAAUGAACAAACUGAAAUCCAGCACGCACCGCGAUAAGGUGAAGAAGUUCAUAUCGCUGACACACACGGGCGAACAGACGGCUAUAUUCUGUUUGCAACAAAACGACUGGAAAUUCGAGUUGGCCAGCGACAAUUACUUCCAGAAUCCGGAGUACUAUUACCGGGAGCUGGAUCGCAAGCGCAUCGAGCAACUAUUCAUGCGCUAUCGGGAUCCCAGUGAUCCCCUGAAAAUUGGAUCCCAGGGCGUCAUCCACUUUCUUGAGGAUUUGGACCUUAAGCCAGACUCAAAACUCGUGCUCAUCAUAGCGUGGAAGUUCCACGCCGAGGUACAGUGCGAGUUCUCGCGGGAUGAGUUUAUCAAUGGCAUGUGCGACCUGGGCAUCGAUAGCAUCGACAAGCUGAAGGCCAAGCUGCCCAUCCUUGAGCAGGAGCUGAACGAUGCCGGCAAGUUCAAGGACUUCUACCACUUUACCUUCAACUACGCCAAGGAUCCGGGGCAAAAGGGCAUUGACCUUGAAAUGGCCAUUGCCUACUGGUGCAUCGUUCUCAGUGGGCGCUUUAAGUUCUUGGACAUCUGGUGCCAGUUCCUCGAGGAGAAACACAAGCGUGCCAUCUCGCGAGAUACGUGGAACCUGCUACUCGACUUUGCCACCAACAUCGACGAUCGAAUGAGCAACUACGAUUCGGAGGGCGCCUGGCCGGUUCUAAUAGACGACUUUGUGGAGUGGUGCCAGGAGAACGAUCAUCUCAAGGAGGACUCCUCGCCGGGAUCCGGCUUCCAGCAGCAGUCCAGUGCUAGCUCCAGCUCCCAGAAGAACAUAUCCAGCGCCUACCAGACCUCGCACAGUACAAACAUGAAUUAUGGCUAACGAAUUGUUACACUGUAUUGUAUUCUCAUUAAUAAUAGAAUUGCUUUUAUUCUGAUUAUUCUAAAUAACGGAGAAUCUAAGCAAGGGCGGUAAAUUUACAUUUUCUCUAUAAAAGCGUCAUAAAAAAUAAAUAAAGUUAGUAAAUGUACGUCCCCGGCGUCCUAUUCAUUGAAAUUGAUAGUGGUAAAAAACAUAUAGUUCAUCCGUUAGAAAUAAUUAGAUAUUGAGGAAUAUAAGCGUAUAAUUUUCAAGCUUUCAAUUGUAACUUGAAAUUGUAAAUUGAAAUAUUAUUUCAUUGAAUAUGACUAGACUUAAAACACAUCCCUCUGGUAUUAUUUUACUACCUAAUACAUUGUAAUUAAUAGCUUUCUAUCAUUGAUAAAUUUAAAUUGAAAUGAUUUUCUUUUUUGAAAUAAAACUCGAAGGCUAUUAUUUUUAUG